AUGUCAGCUACUUGGGAAGAUAUAGUCAAAGAAAAACGAUCUCAAUUGUACAAUAAAAUUCCCAAAGAAUGGAGAUUUGAUGAGAAAAUACUAAAUCGAUUAAAAGCAGAUAAGACAAGUCUUUCUAAAAACUUAGAUCUGGUAUGCCCAGAACUUGAAAACGAAAUAACUCAUUCAACGAUUCUAAAGCUAAAAGAAAAAAUCUCAUCAAAUACUUUAACCUGUUAUCAAGUGUCAUAUGCUUUUUGCCAUAGAGCUGCUUUAAUCCAUCAGGUUUUAAAUUGUCUUUCGGAAAUAAUGUUUCAAAAUGCUCUAGAAUAUGCAAAAAAUUUAGAUAUCAAUAAAUCGAAGAUCUCGGAGUUACCACCCUUAUAUGGCAUCCCAAUAUCAUUAAAGGAUCAAUGUAACGUUGUCGGCGUAGAUACCACGCUUGGAUACGUAUCGAGAGCAAUGAAACCUAAAGAAUUGAACGAUGAAUCUUUGAUCGUUACAUUAUUAGAAAGUUUAGGUGCGGUUACUUAUGCCAAAACAACUGUACCUCCCUCCAUGAUGGCUACAGAAACUAAUUCCAAUCUGUUUGGAUAUACACUCAAUGGAUUAAAUCAAAAUUUUUCAACUGGCGGUUCCUCUGGAGGCGAAGGUGCUCUAAUUAGUUGUUCUGGAUCUUUGUUAGGACUAGGUACCGAUAUUGGAGGAUCUAUUAGAAUUCCAAGCUCUUAUCAUGGAUUAUUCGGAUUGAAACCAAGUACUGGUAAAAUUCCAUAUUUAAAAGUAGAUAAUUCAUUCGAGGGUAGAGAAAUAAUCCCAAGUGUUAUAGGGCCUUUGGCUAAAGACUUAGAUGAUUUACGAUAUUUCUUGGAAGUAAUAGUCAAUCAUUGUAAACCCUGGAAAUAUGACGUGAAUUGCUCACCAUAUGAAUUUUCACAUUACAAGGACUACGAACUUCGAAAAGAAAAGGGGAAACCUUUUAUUGUCGGGAUAUGGUAUGGUGAUGGAGUUAUUACUCUGCCACCUAGCGAUUUAAGGGCAUUAAAAUAUUGUAAGGAGGUAAUCGAUCAAGCACUCAUCGCUGGUGAACAUAUUCGCACAAUGGAAUGGGACCCGCCUGUUGAAUUAAAUAAGGAGCUCCAUGACCUCGCUAUGGAAGCAGAUAUCGCAGAUGCUGGUAAUGAAAUCUCUUUGGAAUUUUCUAAAAGUGGCGAACCAACAAUAGAUAUUUUAAAGCCUAUGGUUGAAAUAACCAACUCUCAUACAUAUUCAGUAAAUCAAUGGUGGGAUUUGAGCAGACGUUGUUAUAUUACGAAGCAAAAGUUCAGGGAGUAUUAUAAUUCAUUAGCUGAAGAUCAAAGACCCGAUGUUAUCAUUGCACCAACGACUUUGACAGCGUUUCGGCCGGGCGAUAUGAUGAAAACCUCAUUGAGAUACAUUUUGUUUGUGAAUGUUUUGAAUUUUCCUUCACUAUCUAUUCCAGUUGGCAAUGUUGAUUUGAUGAAAGAUCAAAAAAUGGAUGUCACAACGGCACUGAAUCCUGAAGAUGAAAUGGUGAUACAAUAUUGGAAUUCAUUGGUUGAUUCAGGUGAGGUUGAGAAUUUCCCUAUCGGUUUGCAAAUUAUUAGUCCAAUUUUCCAAGAUGACAAUGUUUGUCGAUUUGGCUCGUGGUUAAUGCAUAAAAUUGAUAAGAAAUAA